CAUGUCUGUUACCCUGUUCCAUAACCCUAGAAAAAACUCAUAGAAUCUGCUUCUGCUAAGUCUUCAAAUCCGAACAAAAAAGCUCCAUAAACGAAAAUCUGGAAAAUGCAAACAAACAAGGAGCUCCAUAAAUGCAUUUUGUGGUUUCAGGUCACGAGCUCGGUAUUACCCACGAAAAACGGUUAAAAGCGGAAGCAAAAACCAUCUGCUAUUUCUCCUCGAGUAGGCCUGAUCCCAAGAUAAAAACCAUUUCUCUGCUCUCGGAUUUUCUUACAUCUUUACCCUGGUCGUCGCCACCAUUACUAUUAUACUUAUAGAGAGAGAGAGAACUUUCUCCGUUCAUUUCAUUGUCUUUCAAUUCCUUUCCUGAAAAGGAGUUGAAGAAGCAGACCAGAAGGUGUGCACCCACUUCCAGCCCGACCGACUAUGGCAUUCCCGUGAGGGGGAUAAAAGGAGAGGGAAAAGAAUUCUCUUAUCCCACGUACCAAUCGCUUCUUUUCAUACAUCUCCUUUCCCCAGUGAAUCCGAGGCCUAAGGUCUAACCCUUGUUGCUUCUUGCUAUCCAACGGCUUCUCCCAUGAUUUCAUUGUUUGUUAUGAAUCGAGUGAUGACCAUUUAAUACAUGUUUAGCCCACUCCGCUAUUUUCUGCAAUUUAGAACGACAGAUGUCUCCGGACUCACUAGUCUCAUUCUCAUGGCCUGAUCUGCUUGGAUUUGGGCUCCUAAUGAGCAGAGAAGAAAACCCAUUUACAGUGGUUUUUUGCACAGAGAGGGAUCUUCUUUUUAAGGGUUCGGUGCCAUUUCUUUAAAUGGGGAGCAUGAAAAUCUGUCAUGUGUGCCUACAGAUAAAUGAAGAACAUAUCAAUGCGGUCUGACUUUGAUGGUGUGGAUUAUGAAGCAGAGCAGGCACCACAGAAGGGGAUAGUAGAGGAGACUACAAGGCCACCGCUUGUUCCAUCCGAGAAGAACAAUGCAGCCAAUGGAAGGCCUAAAACGAGGGAAGUUACAUCUAGGUACAAGGCUGGGAUCACAUCGCCUUCCCGCUCCACACCGGAUGUCCGUAGGCGGUGUCCAUCGCCUAACGUCACACGGACUGUUUCUACAUCAUCCCCUUCGCUCCCCAAGCGAGCUCAAUCGGUUGGCCGGAGGCGCCCUUCCACACCACCUUCCCCACCAAGGCCUUCAACGCCAGUCCAAGAUACGUCUGCAGAAACACACACCUCUUCCAGGAGGAUGAGCGGCAGGACACCAGAGGGCUUGUGGCCCUCAACAAUGCGGAGUCUUUGUGUUUCUUUCCAGUCAGACACUUUCUCCCUUCCCAUUACUAAGAGAGAAAAACCAGUUAGCCACGCUUCUGAUCACACCUUAAAGCCUUCAUCCAAUGUGGCAUAUAAGCAGGCUGAAUCACCUGCUGUUCAGCGCAAGGCAACACCUGAGAAGAAAAGGAAUCCCCUUAGAGGGAAGAACGCCUCUGAUCAGUCAGAGAAUUCAAAGCCUGUAGAUAAUUCAUAUGCUCGAGUGAUAGAUCAUCAUAAAUGGCCUAGCGCAACAGGUGGGAAGUUAUCUCCUAAUGUCUUGACAAGAAGCGUGGAUCUUACUGACAGGAGUAGCAGAAGAGCUUCUUUUCCACUUCCAGUAAGAGGGGUUUCUCCAGUGGGGAGGCCAUCAACACAUGAUGGUUUGGGCAAACGGCUACAAAAAACUGCUUGUGACGUAGCAAAGCAAAUAACAUUUGAUGAUAGUGGGAGAGUGGAGUUUGAGAGGGAUAUAGGUGAUGACAGUUCAUUGAGACUGUCUGGAAUUCACAAGUCUGUUCCUUCAAGUGUUGGGGUUUCUUUGGGUUCAUCAGAAAGAACUUUGUCAACAACUCGCACCAGUAGGUGUCAGCGUCUGCCAUCACCAAGUAAAGCCUUGUCAACUCCUUCUAGAGGGGUCAGCCCAUCCCGGACAAGGUCAUCUAAUCCUUCAAUAAGCUCAUUGACAAAUCGAUCCAGCAACUCGGCUUCUGUUCUCAGCUUUAUCACUGAUGUUAGAAAAGGAAAGAAAGCAAUGAACCACAUAGAAGAAGCUCAUCAGCUGCGGCUACUAUACAAUAGAUACUUGCAAUGGCGGUAUACCAAUGCUAGAGCAGAUACUGCAUUGUCUGUCCAGAGAGUUACAGCUGAGAGAACUUUGUUCAAUGUGUGGAUCAAUACUUCAGAUUUAUGGGAUUCUGUCACCACAAAAAGGAUCAAGCUCCAACAGUUGAGGCAAGAGCUGAAAUUGAAAUCAGUUCUGAACGAACAAUUGGCUUACCUUGAGGAUUGGGCUUUGUUGGAAAGUGAUCAUCUUAGUUCCUUAUCUGGAGCUAUUGAAGCUUUAGAGGCUAGCACUCUCCGUCUUCCAGUUACUGGAGGAGCAAGGGGAGAUAUUCAGACUGUGAAGGAUGCUAUUUGUUCGGCAGUUGAUGUGAUACAGGCAAUGGGUUCUUCCAUCUGCUCAUUAUUGUCAAGGGUGGAGGGGAUAAACCAUUUUGUUUCUGAACUUGCUGAUAUAGCAACACAGGAAAGAGCUGUGCUUGAUGAGUGUGAAGAUCUAUUAGCUUCAACCACAGCAAUGCAGAUAGAGGAGAAUAGCCUCAGAACCCACCUCAUACAACUGCGGCAAGCUUCAAGGAGGAAAUCUUGAGAAUGGAAACAUGAGUGAUCUCUCCGGAUGGCUAAGAAAACUUCUGGUUCCCCUUGUACUGGGAAGAGAGAGAGAUGUGCCCACUUGGUUCCAGAUGAGUGUAAAUUGAUCUUUUACCAGUCAUGAAAAUUUUAUAUUUUUAUUUUUAUUCCAUUUCAAUUUUUUCUUCUUCAACCAAGGGCUGUAAGUGCUCUUCUCUUCACGUGUAAUUUUUGUAUCACUCAAAUGAAAAGGAAAUGCAAAAUGAAGCAAAAAAUAGAAAACUAAUGCAGUAGCCAAGUACAAAA